AGUCUAGUCAUUCAGAGUCAAGAAUGAAGCAGCUCCGGACGAUUCUUCAUAUUCUUCUUUGCUCUUCUCUUGCUGUCUCGCUGGCGAAUCCUGUAAAUAAAGAUGGGUUAGUGACUUUAAAGAGCGGCAAAGUAGUGUCAAGAAACAUCGUUGGGCCAGCAUCUUGGUAUGACGCAGUCAAGGAUUGUAAAAGUCAAGGGUUUGAAUUGCUGACGAUUGAAACUGAGCAAGAAUGGACCGAUAUUCUCGACUACUUUGGGCCGGACAUCACGAACAGAAUUUGGAUCGGAGGCACUGAUCUCGGAAACGAGUUGAAUUUCUAUUGGAUCUCCUCGGGUGCUCCAUUUGAAAUCUCUUCGUGGCACGCGGGUGAACCUUCAGGAAACAACCCUACCAACGGUAUCAAAGAGGAUUGUGUACACAUUUGGAACAAAACUGGCAUUCUGGCCAUGAACGACGCUCCUUGCGAACUUGUCUACCCGUACAUGUGCGAAUUUUACGACAUUUGCGCUCGACGCCUUUAUUAAAUACCGUCUAGAUUAUAACGGCAUAUAUAAUAAUUACGUUUUGUGCUGUUAUUUUCAAUGUAUGUUAAGAGAGAUUAUUGAAAGUGAGUAAAGAUUCAAAUAAAAAUCAG